AUGUCGUCCACCAGCAACGCCUCUAUUGACAAGUUCAGCGGAGACAAUUACGCAACGUGGAGCCGGUACAUGCGCGGUGUGUUUUUGACGAAGUCCGUCUGGCACGUCGUCAACCGUGAAGUGACUCCGACUUUCACCGACCCGCGAGCGUCCGAUGACUACGUCAAGGCAAGCAACGUCGCGUUUGGUAUGAUGCUGCUGCACAUGAACGCGGACUACCAUCAUGUGCUGGACAACUGCGAGGAAGCCUGGGUUGCGUGGACCAGUCUGAAGACGCUGUACGGUGGGUCGCAGAAGGCAGGACGCAUCUACCUCAAGCGACAACUUUUCAGCAUCAAGAUGGCUGAAGGCGCGAACGUCAUGCAUCACUGCAACGAGGUCCAUAACAUCUCCGCCAAGCUUAGCGGCAUCGGUGCCAAGAUGGAAGACGAAGACGUUGCAAUUUGUCUGCUACUCAGUCUUCCGAAGAGCUACGAAAAUGUGGUACUCAACAUGGAAAUGAGCAGCACCGAGCUUCGCACUCAAGAUGUGGUGAGAGUCCUGACGAAUGAGCAUGCCAAGCGUCAAGGAGAAAAAGGGACAACGACAGCGACUACGGUGAAGGCUGAAGAGGCAAGCAAGGCAUUCAGCGCCGAGCGUGAGCCCUACCAAUGCACAUAUUGUGGCAAGGUGGGGCACACGGUGGAUCGUUGCUGGACAAAACAGAAGAACGAAGGUCGGGGAGCCCGACGCGGCGGCAAUGGUCGUGGACGCGGGGCUAACAAUGUCCAGUGGGGACAUCAUGAUGAAGGCAAUGGCUACGAUCGAGUGGCGUUUGCAGUCUCGUUCGAAUGUGGAGUUUCGACGAGCAAGGACGUGUCUGGAAUGUGGGCCGUCGACAGUGGUGCAACGCACCACAUUUGCCACGACAAGACCAAGUUCGCAAGUUUGGCAGAGCGCAAUGAGGGCGAACUCUUGGUGGCUGAUGGCAACAAGGUGGCCAUCAAGGGUGUGGGAACCAUAAUGGAAAAGGUGGUUCUGCCCAACGGUGAAGAGCGUGAGAUCGAAAUCAAGAACGCGCUCUAUGUGCCCAGCAUGAGCAAGAACCUGCUCUCGGUACCACAGAUUAACAGCCAUGGCAAGUUUCAAGUCGUGUUUGACGGGUCCAAGAUGUAUGUGACUCUCAAGAACUCACAGCAAGUGGUGGCGACAGCGGAUCUCGUGGAUGGACUCUACUGGCUUCGGACGACUCAACGAUCAGCGAAUGUGGCAACAAGUGGAACCAGUUGUGCCGAUCUACAUGCGAGAAUGGGUCAUGCUCCAGUCGAUGUACUUCGCAAGAUGAUCGCGACCAACAUGAUCAAGGAUGUGCGAGUCCCUCUCAAGUCGGGUGGAGCAACUACAUGUCGAGGAUGUCAACAAGGGAAAAUGGUCCAAAAACCAUUUCCAAGCAACCGAGACAAGCGCAGCUACGAUACGUUUGAGCUGCUUCAUCUGGACAUCUGCGGGCCCAUGGAAAAGGAUUCGCUUGGUGGCAGCAAAUAUUUGCUGCUGAUCAUCGACGAAGCCAGUGGAUGCAUGAAGGGCUUUUUUCUACGAGUGAAAUCCGAGAGUGAAGACUACAUCCGGAAAUAUAUCACCAUGGUACAGACGCAAUUCUGUAAGAAGGUCAAGUUCUUGCGUCACGAUGGAGCUCGAGAGUUUGCAACCAACUCUCUCAAGCCGUUCUACCAAGACCAAGGUAUUGAGCAGCAGACCACGGUUUCAUGUACACGUCAAACAAACGGAACAGCAGAGCGUGCCAUUAGGACUAUUGUCAAGAUCGGCCGCAGCAUGCUUCAUCAUGCCAAACUGAACAAGUGUUUCUGGGCCGAAGCAGCGAUGACGGCCAUCUACGUCAAGAAUCGACUGCCGUCACCUAAAGUCGUGCACAAGACCCCGUUUGAGAUCGUCUACAACUUGAAACCAAGCGUCAAGCACAUGCGAACAUUCGGAUGUCAGACGUACAUACUGACGCCUAAAGAGAAUCGACUCAAGUGGGAUCCAAAGGCUCGCGCUGGCAUAUUCGUGGGCUACGAACAAGUUUAG